CCUCCCUUUUUAGAAACACGCCAUUUGCAGUACUUUAUGAAUUUUGUUUUGGCGGAAACAAAAUAUUCCAAAAGAGAAUACAGACAUCAUUUAGCUGUGUUUACUAAAUAAAUUAAGUAAAGAAAAACAUUUAAUUACUUAGAUUUAAAAAGAUUUUAUCGGGGUGGACAAUUUUUUAUUUCUAUUGAUCAAGUUCAGUAUGUGGUGAGUAAGUUUGGUGAGCAACCCCUGUGAAAUCUGUACAAGAUGUCUGCGGCAAGCAUGGCAGAGAACAGGGACGAUGAUGAACUCAGCAUACCGAGGGCGUCACUUAACAAAAUGAUAAAGGAGAUUAUACCUAAUGUGAGAGUGGCCAACGAUGCCCGAGAACUGAUACUAAACUGUUGUACAGAGUUUAUACACCUUGUGUCAACAGAAGCCAAUGAAAUCUGCAAUAAACAGUUCAAGAAAACUAUCUCUCCUGAACAUAUACUAGCUGCAUUAGACACUCUAGGAUUCGGAGCAUACAAGGAAGAUGCUACAGAAGUUUUAAAAGAAGCAAAAGCCGUUGCUGCAAAGAAAAGGCGGGGCAGUUCUAGACUGGAAAAUCUUGGUAUACCCGAGGAGGAGUUACUCAGGCAACAACAGGAAUUGUUUGCACGGGCAAGACAAGAGCAGGCUCAGUUAGAGCAACAACAGUGGCAGCAGAUGCAACAAGCACUACAACAACAACAGCAACAACAACAACAACAAAGCGCCAAUAAUGGAGAGGACGAUGAUGAUGAUUAUUCAUAAUUCAUAAAAUAUCGCUUUGUGGGACAUGAAAUAAUGUUUUGUGUGACAUAAAAUAAUGACUUGUGUGACAUGCAAUAUUACUUUGUGUGACAUGAAAUAAUGACUUGUGUGACAUGAAGUAAUGAUUUGUGUAAUGGACAUAAAUACUGUUGUUUUAGUGAGCAUGUUUUGUGAUGAUGUUUUCAAAUAAAUAAUAAAUGCAAAAAAAAGGAA